CGGAAUUGGCGACGAUUGACCUAUGGACCCAUUUCCUCAAAAAUUUCAACCGUGACCAUUAGGUUAGAAUUUUCUGUUCCACAAGAAAGAAAAGCGAAAGAAGAUUGGUAAAUGCUGGAGUGGUGGCCUGUGAUCCUGUCAAAUCGAGCAGAGACCGAGAGAGAUGCUCGGGUGUUGGGUUUAUAUAUAAAAUGGAUGCCUAUGGCUAAUGCAUAUCCGAUUUUGCUGUCAAAAGUCUUUGUCGAUUAUAGGCCACAUGGUCCUUCCAUGCUCUCACAGUUCGCAUAAACGAGUUUUGGCGUUUGGCCUUUGUUUCUUAGCCAUGUCUUCAAUCUUAAUGGCACGGAAGAUGAAAAUCGGAUAAGGAGAAAGUUUUGUACUCUGGGUAUAUGCCCUUCCCGGUGUUUAUCAGUUUCAAAUAAAUCCCAUCUAAAUUCUCAGAAGAGAAAGGGGUAAAGUGAGGAGAGAGAGGAAGGGAGCAGCAGCAAUUCAUAGUAGAUAUGGUGGUUGUUCAGACAUGGGGCGUCCGGAUCGCAACCCCGAUGCCACAGUUCAGAAACUCGUGUUUUGAUUUCUCUGCCAAGAAAGGAAGUAAUCAGAGCUAUCUGCGUUCGGUUCUUCGCAAACCCAUUUGGGGGAACUGCCGUGGUUCUAAGCUUUCUUGCCGUUGUAGCAGCUCUUCUUCGAAUUGGGAUUGGAAUCAAUGGACUCGUAAUUUCUCCGAAAUUGAACAGGCCGAGAGCUUCGUGUCGGUGCUCAAGUUUCAACUAGAAGAUGCAAUUGAGAAAGAGGACUUCCAGGAAGCUGCAAAACUGAAAGACGCUAUUGCAGAAGCAACAUCAAAGGAUGCUGUGGCGGAGAUUUUGUCUCAACUGAAGAAUGCCAUUGAUGAGGAGCGUUAUCAUGAUGCAUCAAGGUUGUGUAGGCUUAGUGGAAGCGGGCUGGUAGGUUGGUGGUUUGGUUGUUCCAAGGAUUCUGAUGAUCCUUUUGGAAGAGUGGUACGAAUAACCCCUGGUGUUGGCAGAUUUGUGGCGAGGUGUUACAGUCCAAGACAAUUAGUUACAGGAUCUCCUGGGACGCCGUUGUUUGAAAUUUUUGUCAUCAAAGAUGCAGAUGAGAGUUAUACAAUGCAGGUUGUAUCCUUGCAGAAGGCCAAAGGAAAUCCGACAAAUUCCUCAUCAGCAUCAAAAUUGACUGAUGAGCUAUCCACUGUUGGCAUCAAGAGCUCACACAUAGAAGGCAUUCCAGUGAAUGAAGAAGAUAAGGUGGAGAGACAUGAAGAGAAGAAUGUAAAUAUUAAGGAUGCUAAUGAAGAAGGCAUAAGUAGUGUUAUUAGUUUUCUUAAAGAUAAAAUUCCAGGAUUGAAACUCAAAGUCAUGAACAUUAAAGUUCCUGAGGAGACAACAGGGGGUAGUGCCAAUAUGGAGCAGUUAAUGCAGGAAAGUAAUGAGACUGUAAGUUCUGCUGAAAAUUCUGAAGAUGAAGCUGGCAAUGUGGAUGAUAUCCAGCCUGAUGAGAUUGCUAUUGGAGAAGAUACAGACACAAGGGAAGAGGGAAAGAAUAUGGCUAUGAAGUUUUUUAUUGGUGGGGUUUUACAUAAUAUGGAAGAUAUUCCUUCUAAGGAUGAGUAUGUUCGCUUCCCAGCUGAAAUAAUAGAUAUGAAGAGGGAUUCCUUUGUGCUUCAUGUUCCAAGUAGAAGUAAGGAUGCUGAUGUAGCAGAGAAUAUAGUGCCUGAGGUCAAAGUGGCUGCAGUUGCAGCUCAGGGUGUUUCUGAGCUCAUGCCUCAUGAUGUUGCCAAAGCAUUUUUGAAUGUAGAUAAGGUUUCUAAAGAUGUUCGUGAGAUUGUCAAGCUUGCUGUUACUCGGGCCCAAAAGUGGAACACAAUUUCUGGAGAUACAACUUUUAGUCGGAUCAUGACUUCCAAAGAUAAUUUAGACCCCUUUGAUGGCUUGUAUGUGGGAGCAUUUGGCCCUUACGGUACUGAGGUCGUACAGCUGAAACGAAAAUUUGGUCACUGGCAUGGGGUGGAUGACACAGAUGAGUGUUCAGAUGUCGAGUUUUUUGAAUAUGUUGAGGCAGUAAAGUUGACUGGAGAUCUAAAUGUUCCUGCUGGCCAGGUUACAUUUCGUGCUAAAAUUGGGAAAGGGUGUCGUACAUCCAACCAGGGGAUGUAUCCAGAUGAGCUGGGAGUGGUUGCUAGUUACAAAGGUCAAGGAAGAAUAGCUGAAUUUGGGUUCCGAAAUCCACAAUGGGUUGAUGGUGAACUACUCCAGCUGAAGGGCAAGGGCUUGGGUCCAUAUGUUAAAGGCGCAGAUCUUGGGUUUCUUUAUGUUGUUUCCGAGCAGAGUUUCCUGGUGCUGUUCAACCGCCUGAAGCUACCGGAGUGAGGCUAUGUAUCUUUUGUUUUUUACAUGUUAUGGGAUCCCUGUUCAAAAAACAUGUGGUCUCUUAUGACGACGUAUCACAUACAGAGCAGAGGCUUGGGAUACUUGAGGCAUGUUUUGAUGAGAGAAGAAGGUAGCUUUCUCUCUGACAAAAUGUGAUUUCUUAGUGUGACAUCAGUAUGUAAUUGUAUGUCUUUAUGUUCUAUUGGCUAGGGGUUUCCACCCUGCCUGAGGUGUGUAUCAUAUUGCGGCUGACAUAACAUAAUACCAAAGUGCCAUAUAGAAAAACUCAAAAUUGUAUUCA